AUGUCACGAUCCCAUCGGCGAGCAGCGAAAACCCCACCCUGGCUGGGUGUGCUCGUGGAUACUGACGAGCGCUGGAGCAACUACUUGUACAUCCUAGGCACCGCGUACCCCCGCUUCCUAUGGCUCUUCUUCGAAUACAGUGGCGAUGGCAUCGUCUGGCUGGCCAUCGCCCUUGCCGCCUUCUUCCAGCCGCGUGCCACCCUCACCCAGCAAACCCUGGUGCUUAAUUUCUUGGCGGGGUGGGCUCUAGACCUAGUGCUGGUGGGGACCCUCAAGUUCCUCAUCCGCAGGAGGCGACCGGUGUACAACGUGGCAGAGGACUUCCUGGUCGUCGUGGCAGUGGAUGCUCACUCCUUCCCGUCUGGGCAUGCGGCACGCGUGUCAUUCAUUGCCCAGUUUCUGAUCCUUUGCCUGGGCAGAGCCUAUCCUCGGCUCUCUUUCCUCGCCAUGUACUGGGCUGUGUCCACGGCACUGUCGAGGGCCGCCAUGGGUCGCCACUACCUCGCCGACGUGGCGGCGGGCCUGCUGGUGGGCGUGGGUACCGUGCUCCUGGUGUCCAAGGUACAUUAA